AUGGCGUUAGGGAGAAACCCCCGUAUGGAGGGUAGGAGGCCUUCUUCUUCCUCCUACUGUUCAACCGUGACCCUCGUUUUGUUUGUUGGCCUUUGCAUGGUCGGGAUCUGGAUGAUGACAUCGUCAGCAGUGGUUCCUGUCGAUAUAACCACUUCUGAGGCCAAAUCUGAUGUUAAAAGCCAAGUUCAGACUGAUAUGCCAUUCGAGGACAGUUCUGGAGAUGUACCAGAAGGUCAAACGAAAGCUGAAAGUGCCACCGAUAAUAACGAUUCUUGGGGUGAGGGAAGUUCUGAGGCUUCUACGGACCAAAAAUUGAGUGACGAUCAGACUGUAGAUUUUCAGGAAGAAGCUCCUUCGAAGGGAAACGUCGGUACCAGACAAGGUUCAGAUGAUGCAUCGCCAGCACAGACAUACAAUGAUGCUGACGGGAAUCAAGGACAAGGUUCAAUUGAAGAUGUGGAAGAGGGAGUUGUCACGAAAACGGAUGCAACGCAGGAUCCCUUUGAAAAUGGAAACAAUGGGCAUAAUCCAACUGAACCCUCGGUGGAUGACAAACAGCAAUCUGAGAAUGAAAAAAAAUCAGACUCAGAAGAUAAAUUUGAUGCAGGGAAUACGGAGGGAAAAGUGGAAGAGAAUCAAGAAAUAAAAACAGAAAAGAAAUCUGUAGAGAACAGAAAAAACGAACAGACUGAAAGUGGAUCAGAUGCAGGGGGAGAAUCUGACGGGAUGCAAGAUGUGAAUAUUGACGCCCAGAUAGAGGAGAAGGUGGAUGAAAAACAAGCCGAGGAAACAGUUUCAAGUUCUGUUGACAAGAUAGACAACCAGUUCAGGGAGCAGAACUCCAGUACCGUGUUUCAUGAUGAUGCACAGGUAGAGACUUUGAAUGAGACCAACAGUCAGAAUGGGGCCUGGUCUACACAGGCCACAGAAUCAAAAAAUGAGAAAAAAGCCCAGGAAACCAUAUCAAGUCGAAAGAUCACUGGAUUCAGCUGGAAGCUUUGUAAUGUCAGUGCUGGUUCAGAUUACAUACCUUGUCUUGACAAUGAGAAUGCUAUUAAGAAACUCCGAAGUACUAAGCACUAUGAACAUCGAGAAAGGCACUGUCCUGAAGAAGGUCCGACUUGCCUUGUUCCCUUGCCGGAGGGAUAUAGACAACCAAUCAAGUGGCCUGUAAGCCGGGACAAGGUAAAUCUUCGUUUGUAUGAGUGGUAAAACUUUGACUCAUUCAGAUCUAAGUAUGAAAAUCGUUCAUCAUCUCUCGCAGAUCUGGUACUUCAAUGUACCUCAUACUAAACUUGCAGUGGUGAAAGGGCAUCAAAAUUGGGUGAAAGUGACUGGAGAGUACCUCACUUUCCCUGGUGGCGGGACUCAAUUUAAGCACGGUGCGUUGCACUACAUUGAUUUCAUUCAGGAGGUAAUUAUUUAUCCUUCCUGUGGUAGCUUAUUUCUGCAUUUCUCUGACUUUGCUUGACCAGCACAUCCACAUGGGUACAGAACAUCCUUAAACAUUUCGUCUGCCUCGCAAAUGUGAGUCUGAUAAGUCGUGUCCUUCAACCUUAUGUUGCACGAACCUGGUGUUAAUUAGAAUCCUAGCCCAUAAGUGAUGAUAUUAGUGCACAUUCCUUCCCGUAUUUGACGCAUGAAUCAGCACUAGAUGUCCACCUUUGACUUUUAUUCUUUCACAUCUUUCCUCAUUUCCUAUUCUACUGGCGUCCAUCCAUUUACUAUUUACUGAUCACGUCAAGUGAAUGUUCAUUUCCUUCUGGUCCUUUGCUGUCGACUGAACUAUUUUCACCAUAAAAAUUCCAUUACUGCUUAAAAUUUUCAUGUGCAUUAUUUUAGAAAGAAGAAUCGUGACCCUUGCUCUCGCCAAUGCUAAUCAUGACCCUUGCUCUCGCCAAUGCUACUGUAAACGGCAACAUGACUCUUCUCUUUUAAGAAUUGUAUCAAGGUGAAAAAUUGAAAUCGAAAUUUUGUAGAGGGGAUGUUCACAAUAUAGCAUAAAAUCUCCUUUGCAGAUUUUACCAGGCAUAGCCUGGGGAAAGCGAAGCCGUGUGAUAUUGGAUGUUGGCUGUGGAGUUGCCAGCUUCGGCGGUUAUCUCUUUGAGAGAGAGGUACUCACCAUGUCCUUUGCCCCAAAGGACGAACACGAAGCCCAAGUUCAAUUCGCGCUUGAAAGAGGAAUUCCCGCGAUUUCAGCUGUCAUGGGCACCAAGAGGCUCCCUUUCCCCAGCCUCAUAUUCGAUGUUGUUCAUUGUGCUCGAUGCAGGGUCCCUUGGCACAUUGAAGGUGAGUUCGCAGCUUGCUCGACACUAAUCCCCCUAUUCUACUACUAAAGGAAAGGUUUAUCUUCUUCGAGUUUCAUCCUGGAGAUGAUCGCAGGUGGUAAACUUCUCCUGGAGCUCAAUCGACUGCUACGUCCCGGUGGCCACUUUGUCUGGUCCGCGACCCCUGUUUACCAAAAACUGCCAGAAGAUGUUGAGAUCUGGAACGGUGAGCCAACAUAAGAUAGGAACAUAAAUCUUCGAUGAUGAUCGGUUUUCAUGUUUCAAUGCUCAUGAACUAUGAUUGACAUUCUGCUGUCUCUUGUAACCGAGGACAGCCAUGUCUGAGCUCACAAAAUCCAUGUGCUGGGACCUUGUGACCACAAAGAAAGAUACUUUGAAUGGAGUCGGUGUUGCCAUCUACAGGAAACCUUCUUCUAACCAGUGCUAUGACAGCAGAGAGAAGAACGAUCCUCCCCUCUGCCAAGAAUCUGAUGACCGUGAUGCAGCUUGGUCUGUCUGUCUGUCUGUCUGUCUCUCUCUCUCGCUAUCUAUCUAUCAAGUCCCUUUACUGUUUUUUCAUGUGCUCAGGAACAUAUCAUUGCAAGCGUGCAUGCACCGAGUGCCGGUGAGUCCUGCAGAGAGAGGAUCACAGUGGCCUGAACGGUGGCCGCAGAGGCUGGAGGCUGCACCGUACUGGUUGAAUAGCUCGCAGAUGGGGGUUUAUGGCAAGCCUGCGGCAGAAGACUUCAGAGCGGAUUAUGAGCAUUGGAAGCACGUAGUAAGCUCCUCAUAUCUCAAUGGGAUGGACAUCGACUGGUCCAACGUGAGAAACGUCAUGGACAUGAGGUCCAUAUACGGAGGGUAAUGCACCAACCAAGCUCCCCCCAUCAUUCCCACUCAACUUUAUUACCAAAUAUAUUUCAAAUUUCGCCUUUUUCUUUUCCAAAUUCCCCCCCUCUCCCCCAAAAAAAAGAGGGUCCGAUUAGGUUAUCGCUUCACGGUUCUUCCAAACUUUCUGGCAGAUUUGGUGCAGCUCUGAGGGACAUCAGCGUGUGGGUCAUGAACGUUGUUCCGAUCGAUUCCCCGGACACGCUUCCAAUCAUCUACGAGCGAGGGCUGUUCGGGAUGUACCAUGACUGGUGUGAAUCCUUCAGCACUUACCCCAGAUCGUAUGAUCUUCUCCACGCCGAUCAUCUCUUUUCCAACCUAAAAAAGAGGUCAGAUCCGUACUUCAUGCUUCGGCUGUUCCUCUCGAGUCAUUUUAUUUCUUGAACGCUCUAGUUUAAUAUGAAAGUCUAUGAAUAUAUAUAUUUCCUUUUCUCGAAGCCAUUUACAGUCUGCCCUGGGGGGAUUUCUCAUCAUCUGAUAAGAUCUGACUGGAGACAACAAACAGAUUUAUAAUUUUCUAAAUAUAUAUAUAUCUUCGUCAUUUAUGACUACAAUUUAAUAAAGUCUAUGCAUAUAUAUGUUUAGUUCCUCCACGCCCUUGUAGAAUCAGCAUACUUAUCAUCCCGGAGAGAUUGAACCCUCGGAUUUCUCAUCAUCUGACAUGAUGAGUCAGAAUAUUCUAUAUGUAUUCGUCAUUUUGGAGAACUACUGACCGAGAGAUAAGAUAAUUCAAUGGUAACUCAUUAUCGAUCAAUGAUUCCACAUCCAGCUUGUCCAUUGACCCGACAGAAAAUCUCUACGGCAGGUGCAAAUUACUGCCUGUGAUGGCAGAGGUGGACCGGAUUCUGAGGCCUGAAGGGUAUCUGAUCAUCAGAGACAACAAGGAGACGGUUGCCGAAGUGGAGGAGAUGGCCAGGUCUCUGCACUACGAAGCCAAGGUAGGAAAGUCAAAGGGGAAGGAGGGAUUGUUGUGGAUGAAGAAGACCACAUGGCGGCCUACGGAGUCUGGGGCCAAUGCUGCCGCCGCCACCACCACCGCCAGGGCAUCUUCAACAUCGUAG